AUCUAUAAUGCAGUUAUGAAUUUGCACAUACAGUAUGUCACCUCUGAUUUUAGCAUUGCGUAGGCCAGGAAAAAAAAAAAAAAACGCUGACCGGGUGGAGAGCAGAAUUGUGGAGCUUGAAAAACGAAAUGAUCAGAUAAUGAAAAUAGGAAGCUAAAGAGUAAAUAGUUUAAGGCCAUGACAGGAAGCACUGUGAAAAGCAGUGCACCAGGGACCCUUGUUGGGAACUACAUGGUUAACUUGUGGUGAAGUUUCAUCAAUUCUGCUUUGUCAUGGUGCCGAGUGUGAACCAAAUGAGUACAUUUUCCUCUGACCACUAAAACAGAGUGUUAUCUUAGUUUUCUUAGCUGCACACUUCCUCUUUCGGUGUUCUCUCUCUUUCUUUCUAUCUUUUCCUCUCUCUCACACACACACACACAGAAAAGUCAAAGCUAUUGACCUUAUACAUACAAGCUGCACAAAUCGAAUAUAUUAUGUAAGACAACUUCAUGACAGUCAUUUCAAUAUUGACCGAUUCUUUUUCCUUCCUUCCUUCCUUUAUUAAUCACCCUGUUCUCACCAUCACAGUGAUGUGAUUAAUCACUCUUGUAUGUGUUUCGAAAUCCGAUUCCACAAGAGUUCUUCAUCGGAGGGCCGGAGUUUCACGUGGACGUGGGAUCACCAGCCAUUCCUGAACACCUCAGUGCCAAACACCACUAUGGCUUCCAUUGAUCCAUAUCAGUGCAUCAUUGCCCUGAGAGAUGUUUGUUCCCAGGAACCUGAAUGACUCCACUGCUGCCACAGUGCUGUUCAUGAUGGUAGAGCAGCAGUAUUCGCACAAGUUCACAGUGAAAGUGCUGCGAGCAGAAAAUGUCACUAAAGGAGCUCUGGGGGACUUGUUGGACACCCCAGACCCCUACGUGGAGCUUUUCAUUCGGACUGCUCCUGAGAGCAGGAAGAGGACCAAGCACAUUGAUAAUGACAUCAACCCUGAGUGGAACGAAAGCUUCGAGUUCAUCCUGGACCCUAACCAGGACAAUGUUUUGGAGUUGACGUUAAUGGACGCUAAUUACAUGAUGGACGAGAAACUGGGUAUGGUGACGUAUUCCAUUUCCAGCCUCAAAGUGGGACAGAAGGAAUUUGUGCCAUUUCUUAUAGGAAAAGCCACCAAUGUGUUCUUAGAGCUUAGUCUGGAAGUCUGUUCUGCCACUGACCUGCGUUUUAGUCUCGCCUUGUGUGAUAAAGAGAAAUUGUACAGACAACAGCGAAGAGACAGGGUCAUGCUGGGCAUCAAGAAACUGCUGGGCAUGGAGAAGCCCCAAUUCCUGCCCUUUAAUCCCCAGGAGGUCCCUGUCAUAGCUGUGGUAGGAUCAGGUGGAGGGUUCAGGGCGAUGGUCGGCUUCUCGGGGGUCAUGAAGGCUCUGUUUGAGUCUGGCGUUCUGGACUGCACGACGUACAUCGCUGGGCUCUCAGGCUCCACAUGGUACAUGUCUACGCUGUACUCGCACCCUGAGUUCCCUAGUAAAGGCCCAGAACAGAUUAAUCAGGAGCUGAUGAAGAGCGUAAGCAGCAACCCUCUCCGCCUGCUCCUGCCGCAGCACAUCACCAACUACGUCCAGGCUCUGUGGACCAAAAAGGCUAAUGGCCAGCCCGUCACCUUUGCUGACAUUUUCGGCAUGCUUAUUGGAGAAACACUCAUUCCUGCUAGGAUGGACACUACGUUGAGCGAGUUGCAGGAGAAAGUGAACGAAGCGCAGUCUCCUUUGCCACUGUUCACCUGCCUGCACGUCAAGCCGGAUGUAUCCGAGCUCAUGUUUGCUGAUUGGGUGGAGUUCAGUCCUUAUGAGAUUGGCAUGUCUAAAUAUGGUACCUUCAUGACCCCUGACCUUUUUGGCAGCAAAUUCUUCAUGGGAACUGUAGUUAAGAAAUAUGAGGAGAAUCCGCUACACUUCCUAAUGGGGGUCUGGGGCAGUGCUUUCUCUAUUCUUUUCAACAGAGUCCUGGGGGUAAAGGACACCACCGGAGGCAGCACCAUGGAGGAGGAACUGGAACACAUAAAACCGGAGCAUAUUGUGGGAGAAGACACCCUAGACUCUGAUGAGUCAUACAAAGUCGGCAUGCAGAACGACCAGCAGCAAGCGCAGGCCAGCUGGAUGCAGCGCAUGGUCACCUCACUGUUCAGCGACUCUUCUCUGUUCAACACACGCGAGGGAAGGGCAGGAAAAGUGCACAACUUCAUGCUGGGGCUCAACCUGAACACUAGCAUUCCUUUCUCACCCUUCAGUGAGAUCCUGGCCCAGAACUAUCCCGAGGAGGAGGCGGAUGCUGUCACAGACCCCAAUGAGUUUGAUCGCAUCUACGAGCCACUAGAUGUAAAAAGCAAGAACAUCCAUGUCGUGGACAGUGGCCUGACAUUUAACCUGCCCUAUCCGUUGAUCCUGAGACCACAGAGGGCUGUUGACCUCAUUAUUUCAUUCGACUUCUCUGCACGACCUGGUGACUCCAGUCCUCCAUUCAAGGAUCUUUUGUUGGCUGAGAAAUGGGCACGCAUGAACAAGCUGCCGUUUCCCAGAAUCGAUCCCAAAGUGUUUGAUCGGGAAGGAAUGAAAGAGUGCUACGUCUUUAAGCCCAGUAAGGGGGACAAGAACUGUCCAACCAUUAUUCAUUUUGUCUUGGUUAACCUCGACUUCAGGAACUUCAAAGCCCCAGGAGUUCCUCGAGACACUGAAGAGGAGAAACAGUUUGCUGACUUCGACAUCUUCGACGACCCAGAAACCCCAUAUUCCACUUUUAACUUCCAGUAUUCUAACAAGGCCUUCACUCAGCUGCACGACCUCAUGGAGUUCAACACACUGAGCAACAUAGAGGUGAUCAAAGAGGCAAUCAAGGAGAGCAUUGUGUACAGGAAGGAGAACCCAUCACGCUGCUCGGUGACCCUUUCUCUUAGCGAGAUCCAGAACAGAAAGUUUUCGAGAAGGGAAGCCAGGGGGCUCGUGCACAAGUGAGCCGAAAACUGGUGAAAACAUCUGCUUGGAGCUGAACUUGUUCGCUAAAGUAAAUUUUUUUCACUUUUUGAUUUAUUGCUAGAAGAGAUGUUUGUAUUUAUAUUUAGAAAAGUGCAGUAGUUUUAAUUGAGUCCGAUUUAGAAUUUAAUGGAUUCUCUUCAAUCCAUUUACUUGGAGGUGGAAAUAGUUCUCUUCUUAAUUGCAUUUGCUCUUUGAUUCCUCUUUAGUCCCAGUUUGCUAAAGGCUUUUUUUCUUAAAACUGUUCUUUCUGUUGCUAUAGCAUGCAUUUAUGUUUGUAAACCUUCAAAUAUCAAUGUUAGCCAACCAGUGGCAGUCCGUGGUGUGCUACCUGAAUCAGUCCACCUCUUAAUGCCAUCAUUAUGAUACAACGUCUUCAGAAAUCGUCAGUAUAAUAGAAAAGUGCAGUAAAACAGAGUGCUGGAAUCUCAUACAGUGAGAACGAAUGUCAUUACUAAAGCAAGAAACCCAAUGAACACAAUUUAACAUGUCUCCUUUCACUGGAGCCACAACUGCACCUCCUGCAUACAUAAUCUCUAGCAGAAGCAUUGAUGUUCACCUCAUCACAUCACCCCGAGGCAUUUUUGUACAUUUUGCAGUGCAUUAUGGAUUUCCUUGGGAUUUGAAAUGGUGUGUUCAAUGGGAAAAAAGACAUACAACACAAGUAUAAAUGGUUCAUGAAAAUGCUUAACAAUUGUUUGGAACUGUUUGAGCUGACGUUUUCUAGAAAAGUCUGAAAUCAGUUUCAUCUCCUCUGUCAGAAUGAAAAAAACAGCUUUUAGAUCCAUCACAUGCCGAUAUGAUUGGAAGCCUUCCUGAUGAAACUUAAAUGAAAUCUGACUGGUUAAAGCAACAGCUUUUUCUUAUGCAGUUUGACCCCAGUAAUACAUGAUAUGAUGGCUGAAAUUUGAUUGUACAGAAACUCCAACCUAUACAGACACUUCUUGUAGCAGCACAGCUGAGAGAAAUGCUAUGAAAAUGAAGAGAAUAGACUAUUGGAAAUAAAUGCAAUACAUAUUCAUGGACAGAAAAUCUUUUGAAACGUAAGUCUAAUAGAGUUCUAAUAGAGUUUAGACCACAAGCAAAAGUCUUGCUGGACUUGAUGACCCGCCACUGUAACAGACAUGCACCAUGAAAUACUCCAUGGCAGGAUGAUAUUUAGAAAUGUCACUAAAAGUGAACCUUUUAUUUAUUUAUUUAUUUUUGUUAGAAUCACUGCAGCAGCACACUGAGCAGCAACACAACUUCCAUUAAAAAAUAACAACUUUCAAGUGUGCAAGUGUGCCAUAACAACACAUUCUGUUCCUAGCUGACUUUUCAUAUCAUGGUCAUGAGCAUGUGUGUGAUGUGGAUCCUAUCCAGAAUCGUGUGUUAAAAGUGGCUUGAACUUGAACUUCACGUAAUACUAACCCCACCUGAGUGGAAGCAGGGUGAUGAACAGCAGGAAUCCAUAAUCGGGGGCACACAGCAGCGGCAUGCCGUUAAGCUGAACACACUACAGUUUGAGUGGCGCAGAACGGCAUCAUAUUUUCUUUUAUUUCAAUGUGUAUAUCUGUCAAAUCACCUUCGGAGGGUUAUUGUCUGAUACAUCCUUUCAGACACGCUGAAGUCACCUGGUGAUGUAUGAUGAGAUGAAAUCCAUACAUAUUCAUAUUCAAUUUGCUGAUUAGUAAAUAGAGAAUUCGGUCGAAUCUGCUUUUUCCAAAUGUUCUGGCAAUGUUGCAAAUCCUCUCUGUAUUAAUUAAAAAAGAUGAUGUUCA